UUGCCGUACACUUCAAGGAGUUGCGAACGGAGUUCAAAAAAAUUACUGAAAUUACGGAGACUAACCUAAUCAUCAUUGUAGUUUCAGUGCAUUUUUUGACUAUCUCAGGUGAGCAUUUUCUAGAUGCUCCCUCGUCGCUCGGGGUCUAUACUUUCAUUCCAUUUUCAAUCAUAUACGAGACAUAUUCAUUCUCAGGGACCGGACGAUCCCCGGCUCUCCCAGGUAAAUUCAUGAGUGUCCUCUUCGUGGUCGGACCAACACCUCCCUCAGCUAACUUAAUCUCGUCGCCUUUGAUGAACCUAUCCGUUGGCACUCGAAUACUGCAAAUUAGUAAGCAGGUAACAUCUUCAAACACAAGAAUACUUGGCCUCCGAGUGCCUGGGAUCAUUAUUCAUCUCUGGGAGGCUACAACUUCCCGGUUAUUAUAUAUGAUCCAGGGCUUGGGGCUGCCGGUACCCCCCUCCGAGCGUGGGGGAGGUACCGCCAGCCCCGGACCCCUUUGGGAGGCGUCUGCCCGGGGUGGAAGGCCUCAAAACAAGGGGGGCCAAGUGGGCGCCUUCGCUCCCUUCCAGGUGCUUGGCUCUCCCUAGAGGCCUCCAGCGUAAGGAGGUGGCAGGCCUCUGAAGGCGGCAAAAGCCGAGGGGCUGGACCCCCUGAGCCGUGCAGCUUGUUCCCUCCGGGCCCUUGGUCAUUGGCUUGCUUGCUCUUGCGACCGUGGCCGCCCUCGGCGGCCUUUUACCCCGGAGACCUCCCGCCUGCGAGGGUCAGCGAAGGCCAGGAGGUCCCGGGGGAACCCGCUGAGAGGCUCAAGGGGAGACCCGCGCCAAGUUUGGACGCCUUCCCCCACUAGAUUCUGCGCCGAAGUGCGCGCGGAAAAGCGCGCGCGCGCGCCACCACAGACCAGACCACAGGGGGAGGAGGGGGGGCACGGUCCCGCCCUAAGUCAUAUAUAAUAAAAAUAGUGUGAUUUGAUUAUACAUAGAUACUUCAAGAACUUCAAGGAGAUUAUAAUGCUCGUUGAUCGAAUAAUUCUAAUAUGGUGUAUGACUCGGCUUGCGGGCGUGGCGCGGUUCCUUUCACAGCUAUCGCUGGCCACCAAAAUUUCCAAAUGACAGCCGAAAAUUGCGAACUCUGGGAGAAAGAAAGAUUAAGUCUCUGGAUUUUUGAUUUUACAAGAAGAACAAUGCGAAUCAGAAUUACAACUACGUUCUUUAUGUUUCUCGCCCGCCUGAGGUGUUGCGACCUCACAUUAUGGCGGUCAUGGCUCUUGCCAAAUUAUACAUGACUAACACGAGAGGAACAAAAUGAUCACGAUCAUACUGAAAAAUAUAAUCAUUUUUAUUCUUUAUUCUAAUAAAAGACAACGAACUACUUCGGGAGCACCUUUUUUUUAACGCACAAUAUUAAUAUUUAUUAGAAAAUGCAAAUUUUUUCAAGUAGGCACAGGAGCAAGAGUCUACAACUCAGGCUCUUAGAAGAAGCAAGUCAAAAGCUACCGCUAAAAACCGCAGACGAAAUAGAAAUGGUCGCGGAUGAAGAACUCGCGUUAAGGAGAGCUUUCUAGGACGCCCUCUCGAUUCAGAAAAGCACACCUAAGUAACUUCAAUAAUGAUGAAGAUUCAUCAUGAUUACAGCCAAUCCAAAUUGAACCUUGCUUCUACGUAGACACUUCAUCUCCUCGGGAAGGUAGGCUCAGACUCGCCGUCAUUGCUUUCAAAGAAAUUAUUCAUAUUGGUAGUACAGCGUAGACGUAGUCAUGGUUAGCGCUAAGCCAUCUCUCUCGGCAUCUUGAUCCCCUUUUGUUCCCCCUGUAUUCUACUUCUCAUGAAUAAUAGAAGGGGAGACGAGGGGUCGAGAUGAGGGGACCGGGAUGGAUUAACGCUUACGCUGAGGCUAUUUUAGAGUGUCUACUUUUGGAGUGCAAUAGGAUGAGAUCCCAAUGGACUAUUAAUGUAGAGUGUCUACUUUUGGAGUGCAAUAGGAUUACUAAUUAGAGAACGUGCGCAAGAUGAAGAGGCAGCAUGAUAGCGCCUUUUUUCGUUUUUGGUUACUUCGAAACGCCCUCAGAGGCGGAGGCGGUCACCACGUCCUACUACGCGCCCUCCUUGGGGCGCUUCGCCUGCGCUUCUGUCCGCACCUUGCGUGAAGACUUGGCAAAGGCGCCCUAUCCUAUCCUAAUGGCCAUAGAUAGGCUUUUAGUAUCAUUUUCACGUCUGCCUUUUUCAUUUUUCCCUAGUUAUUAGUACGUAGAACAAAGAUUAUAGCAACUCAUGACAAUGAGUAUCUAUGAGUACUCUUCAAGGUCAUGAAGGUCUUGCCAUUAUUUGCAAUUCUUCGUGAUUGAUAUCUUGACAAUUCUAUGAUCUUGGAUGUGAAUAAAGUGAAUGAUAAAGGAUCAUUCUGUGCCUACCUAUAGCAUCGUGCCGUAUAACCUCUUAGAGGGCGCCCUUGAUCAUGUAGCAGUCUGCGCAGAUGAUCUCUGUGCCAGAUUGAUUGUAUUGUAAGCUUUUCGCUCCUGUCGCUAACUCAUCCCGACUUUCCUGUCAUCGCUGCUCCCAAGCCUCCAGCGGCGCCUCCUAUUCCGAGUGUUCCAGGCGGUGAGGGCUUAUGAAAGGAAAAAGUGUACUCAUAGACACUUACUCAACACAAGAAAAGGGGCGCGCAUGUUCCUACCCAGAACGAGCCUGCUAGCUUUUUGAGGCCAGCUGCUUGCCCCUUUUUGAAAAAGAUUGUGAGAGAAUUAUGAGUACACUUCUAAUUUUUACUUUCAUAUUAUGAACCGGCUCCUACUCCAGCAGCAAAACCAAAAACGAUAGCAGAAAGCGGAGUACAACGAAAAACCAAAAACAUUAGCGAAUUUUUCACGAUAAAGGAGUACGACAAAAUUUGGAGCGGCGUCGAUUUCUGGGAACAGCACAAGAAAAAUGAAGAAAACUAAGGCAUCACUUUCGGUUAGAAGGACCCUGGGUCCCUAAAAACCCCGCUAGAAGUAGUGUUGCUCCCCCUCCUCUCCGGGUUUUUUCUGGAUAGUACUAUGACGGGAUGCGCUGCGGUUCAGGUUACUUACCUCUAGGUGUAGACUUCACUCACUUCAGGCCCUGUUCUCUCCGCUUCAAAGCUUAGCAUUGCUGCUCCUCUAAUUCAUUAACGUAUUGUAUUCAAUAACAAACUCAGUACAACAAGAUGACGCAUCUACUAAGAAUUCAAUAGCCUCUAUCUGAUGCUCGUCGUCUUCUAAUCUACUCUAUUAUUCCAUACCUCUAGACGAACGCAGCUACAAUCUUCUAACCACUUUCAUUUCAUUCUCGUCUAUUAUUGCAUACCUCUAUACAUGGAAGCAGUGCUGCUCCUCUAAGCUAUCGUCAAAAAUUGGGCGCCGCCGAAUGGUUUAACAAAGCCGCCGCCCCAAAACUUGCUUCGCUCCUACUUAUGGAGAAGGAAUGCUAAACUUAGUUCAAUUAUUGCUGAAAUUACCCCUCUACCAUUGCCCCUUCUCCUCUUCUUCUUCCUGAACUUACCUCCCGAAUGGGUGCUAAACUUAGUUCAAUUAUUGCUGAAAUUACCCCUCGAAAUUACCCCUCUACCAUUCCCCCUUCUCCUCUUCUUCUUCCUGAACUUACCUCCCGAAUGGGUAGACUACCACUACUACUAUCUACAACUAACUUCAUCUAACUUGAACUUCUUAGAUAGAAUAUAUCUUAGGUUCAAGUAGUUCUUGUGUAGUUUUUGGAUGAUGUAGUUGAGUUAGUGCGGUCCUGGUCCGUAUUAAGACUACAAUUAGUUCAUCCUUCAAGGCUUGCUUACAUAGUACUACCUGGGGAAAGGAGAGUUCUUGAAUUUCAUGAGAUCUUCAAUAAUUCUUCUUCCGCCUAAAUUAAGCUCUAGUGCGUGUAUUGUUCACCGGCGGCACAGGCUUACCCGGCUGUGGAAGGUGUGCCCGCAAUUCCUAUCCUAUUCUAUAAGCUCUGACACGAUGCUGUAUCUUUUUUACGCUCCCUACGUUUUUAUUAUCGAACCUCCACACCCAUUAGCGUCACUCCUGUGAAGCACUUCAAGUAUAAUACGCGUGUUUUUGGCUGUUCAGCCUACUACAUAUACAAACAUCAAGAUAAUUACCCCGAAGUACUAGUAGAACCUCCUGGUCCUGCUGUUACGAAGUUACUUGAUACUCCAGCUGUUGUUGUAUGAGUCUAAUAAAAAGAAAUAUGCCAUUUGAUAUGAUGGGUAAUGAGGUAACACGACAUGACAGGUCAUGACAUGGCAUGACACAGAUGAGAAUGAGAGGACGUGUUGCAGCAUGCGUAGCUGUAUACUAGAAGAAUAUAGUAGAGUAGUAUCCGAGGUAACAUGACGUGACAAGUAGAGUAAAAUGGAGAGCUGUAAGACGUGUACGAAACGCGCCUGCCGGUAGCCAUCCUGGGUCUACCACGACCACCUAUCACGUUGGACUACGCAUUAGCGCUAAAAAGUACCGUUUCGAACCCUAACGUUUCGCAGCAGUGGUGGAGUGAUUAUUUUAAGGCCUGAGCAUUAAAUCAAUGAUGUUCUGGCGUACAUUUUCUUCUCUAGUUUAGGUUUUUUUAGUUUAGCUCCUUUCAUCAAUUCUUACCCUUCUCACUACUACAUCAAGCUAAUAAUCAAUUGUGAUCUAUAAUUAAAGUAUAGACUUAUUACCUCAACCUCUAGACUCAUCUUCAUCUUCAAAAGGUUAUGACUGGGGGGAUUGGUCGAUCCUUCUCUGAUUCUGUGUCCUGCGGACGCAUCCUCCUGAUUGGCUGGCCGAUCUUCUACUUUUUGCUUGUGUAGUUGUUUGCUUCCUUCUUAGUUCGGCGCUACAACUAUUAACCACAGAAGUUGGAUUUAUUAUAGAAGCGAGCGAAAAAAUGUCAUACAUCUGCUCCUAGACUUGAGCGCCCGGAAGCACUCCUCCCACUAGAAGGAUCAUUCACCCCCGGCACGCACUUCCCCCACCCUGGCGCAAUUCCGCUUUCCCGGCUCUUCCCCCGCCCGACAACCGCGGGGCGGCGUUGAUCGUUGGAAGAAGAGUCGGGCGGCGGACGGCGUGCGGCCAUUGAUAUUGAUUAAAACGGCACUGGCCGAAGUCGUUGGCUUGUCGGUUUCCUCUUCUUUUGGUAGGUUUGGCCUUCUUUGCGUGCAAGUUGCAGCGCUCGGGCUUGCAGCUUGUCGGAAUUCUUCUUCUUGUGAUAGAUACUGCCAAAAGCUCCGCAGCUCAAAGGCUUUGGACUCGCAGUUUCGAGUUUGAAACAUUGAAACACAGAGGCGGCAUCUUUAGCCUUAAGCGUUCAGCUUUGAGCGACCACUAGCUUUGAACUUUCAAAGUCGAGCGCUCAGCUUUGAGCCUUCAACUUUCGCCUUUGAGUUUUCGGCUUUGAGCUCUCUUUCAGCUUUGGGCGUUCAGCUUUGAACUUUCAGGCGUGGGCCUUCGUUUCAGCUUACACCUCUAAGCUUCAAACUGAGGCACUUGGGCUCCGAUCUAGGACGCUCAACUUCGGGCCUUCGGCUUUGAGGCUGGGGCUUUCGACUUUCAGUCUUCUUGGAGCUGAAUGUAAGGCUUUCGCUGAUAAAGUCAAAAGCUUAGGCUUUUUAUCGAAGUUUGUUGAAGGAAAUUAGGCUGGUCGCAGCGUGCUUUACUUUAAUAAGUGCUCGAUGUCGUGUCAGGGGGUUAUGUGUUCGUGUGCUGUGUUUGUUGGUUGGUUUUUAGAAAAGAAGCGGAAAGACCUGCGACGGGGGUCGCAUGUUUUUGGUUCAAAUGCUCUCGGCUCCGGUGUUUCUCGUUCGGGUGUGUUGGGUUCGGGUGUUGAAUGGUGUGGUCGUCGUUGGAUUUUUCGUUCACCUCGCAAAUGUUUGCGCUGCAGCGUGAUGAAAUGCAUUUGGAUGGCAAAACUCUUGUUCUGGGCAUGGAUUUUUGAAAAAUUAGAACUCGUCUCGUCUUGGGCAUGGGUUUCGUGUAAAAGUUUUGGCUUUAUUUUGUAUAGCUUUAAACCAAGACGCACCCGCGUGAAGUCUAACGAAUGCCCAGGCCUUGCAAGUUCAUAAGUUCGCAAGUUCUUAUAAGUUCAGAAGUUUAUAGGUAUCGGCGACGUACUUGGAUCAGCGUGAAUACUAAGAAUGAAGGGGGAAGCUUCUUGGAAUCAAUCUUCCCAGAGUCUUCUUGGAAUCUCUCCCGCCUUCUCGCUUGCAAUGGGCUCGGAAUCUUUCCAGAAGCUUACCCUAGUCGAAGCCAUGACGGGGAAACUUCCCAGAGCCUUCUCUUUAUCUUCCCAGAAACUUCUGAAAAGUCACAAAAGUGGUGAAGUUUCUGGAAAGUUUCCGCGAAGUUGCUGCCUGCGGGAUUCAUGUGGCUGCAUGUUUCUGAGUGGGUUCUUGAGUUCUUGAGUUUCGUCUUGAGUUCAUAAAUUCAGAAGUUUGUGAGCGCAUGGGCCGGGGGUUGGGGGUUCGAAGGUGAACGAGUGAGAGCUUGCUGGGGCUCGGAAGUGGAAGGGUGUGAGCCUGGGUGGGUCGCUGUUGAUUUUUCAUCUAAAUAGCUUUUUAUUUUUCUAAAGAAGUCAGCGCCUUUUUUUGCUUAAGGUCGACCUGAUUACUAUCUAUACGUAGUAUAGCACAGCUCGCCAAGGGUCUUUCUCUUGUAGGGUCUACCUCUAGUACGGGCAAGGGGCAGCAGCGCUCCUAAUCUUGAGCUAGUCUGAGUUUAGGGCCAAGGUUCCCUUUCCUUGGGCCAUGGAUGAACAAGGGCAGCGCCCUGCAUCUUCCCAAGCUAGGACCCUUCUUGGCGUUCAAUCUCAAAGAAAUCAUGGCAAAUCAUGCGAAACAUUGAGAGUGAGCAGAUCUUAGCCAAACUCGUUCGAAGUGGGGAAACCCUUGCGAAAAAAAACCUGUGUGUGCGCUUUCGGUCGUUUUUUUUGAAGGAGGGAAAGAUGGGCAGAACCUCAGCUCCCCCUCCUGCUCGCCUGUCAGUAUUCAGGUAGCCCCUCUCAGGGCUGCGCUUCUCAAAGUGGGCCGCUCAGUCUGCCAGUUAAUUUGCCGCCUCAGUCUUCGCUCCAGCCAAGCCAUGGGGGGAGUUCAGUUAGCGUCGGCUACUUUCUCAUAGCUAUGGCGUUGGCGGGGUAGCUUGUCUUACGCUGUCCUGAGGGGUCUCAUUCAAGGAAAAAACUGAAGCAGGGAGGGCUGUGCCUCCUCCUGGUUGAGGCUCCUCGUCAAGGGCCUUCGGGUCUGUCACUUUUCUAUGCAAGUUAACAGUCAGUGCUCUCGUUUUGUCGCUGCGGUGUCUCAUGUGAUAUCAGGCCCUCCGCGACUGAUCUCCUCCGCGAGUGUAGACACUGCCAAAGGUACUUAGUGCGACAGGCUUGCGAGCAGUAGCCUCAUGGCGUUCGCUUCUCUUUGAGGGCGUUGCUAUCUCUCACUCUCUGUGACAUUUUCUUUUGUUCGAGGCUGGGCUGGUUUGGUGAGUAAAGGGAUAAGUCUCCCCAAAAGCAAAAGGGCCGCCUUAUAUUUGGGAAGGGGCGGGUCGAGGUCCGGCGACGCUCAAGGCGCAUAAAGUAAAUUAGCCGGCUAAUUUCCGUGGAUGGUUCGGAUGUAGUUCGUAGUCCUUACUCGCAAUAUGUUAAUGUGGUUCAAGAAGUAGUUAAUCUUAAUCUUAGUAAAAAUAGUGACGCUACUUUUAGUCCUACUAUAAUUACCUACAAGCAACUACAUAAUAUCGACUACUAAAAUAGAUUAGAAGACUAGCGCUCACACUUUAGGCCAGGACUUUUCUCGUUGCACCACGUGGCCGUGCGUUUUUUUUUAAGUAAAUAUAUGCAGCCAGGCGCAAGGCCUGGCGCGCAGCCAUAAAUCCCGGCAAUCGCGUGCCUUUAAAGCCUUCCUUUGGUUCUGUCGACAUUCGACCCUUUUUUGGAAAAAAAAUGCCGCAUGGCUUUGCAAUGACUGAAGCGGCCCCACCUAGAGGGGGCUAGGGGAUGCCUUAAGAGGGCGACCGCUUCUCAAAAGUUUUGGCCCAAAAUGGUCGCCAAAUGGCCCGGGUCGUCUCUUUGGGGGGUCAAAAUGGGCCCUUUUUGUCUCCCUUUUUGACGGCUCUCGAAGUGAAGCACUCCCGCCCCGAGCCUCCUAAGGGUUGCGACUCCUUUGGCGGCACUUGUGGGGCCCAUGCCUCGCCAUCUUUGGGAGGCGGAGUCCCUCUGCGAGGGUUGUUCACUGCGGGCCAGGCCAUCGGGAUGGCCCUAGCGAUCCCGAAGGGCCUGGACUUUCUUAGGCUAGCACAAAACAAAAAAAAAGCAAUGUGCUGCAACGAGAAGAGCCCCCCCUGGUCUAGAUGUUUCCUCCUGCUCCACGAAUGGGCACUCGGAGAAGUGCGUAGCCCUUUUCCACCUGGUUCUAAUUUUGACGCUGGGUGGUUUCCGGAAGAUCCACAAUCGUUUCCCAAAUAUAUGGAGAGCGAGGACUGGAAACGCCUAUGCUCAAUGGUUGCGAAAUCGAAGGAGGACGAUAACGCCUUCCUCCCAUCAUCUUUGCACGAAAAUUCUGCUGGCAUUUCGUACUAUUACAUAGACCUAGGUGCACUACGAUCAUCUAGAUCUACAUCAGUGUUAUGAUUUUUUUAAGUUUGCAAGGGCAUGCCGUUGACCAUGUUGGCACUUGCUGGUCAUUCUUCAGAAGAUUCCACCACUAUUAGUCUUACCUAGUGUGUUGAGCGAAGCAUGGACAUCAAGAUCAACUUCUAACUCAGUGGCCUCGAACGCUCACUCCCUCAUAGGUGGGCCUACUCCUAUCCUAUCCUAAACUGGUAAAGCACUGAUGCCCCACGAUUGGGCACACUACUAUAACUGGGUAGUCGUUCAUGAUCAGCGUCCCUUGUGAAGACCAAGGAUCUUGAGAUGAGUGACGAAGCGGAUCACUUCCUUUCUUCAAGAAGAAAGCACACGGUGAGGAUGAUGAAGAUGAUGAUGAUGAUGCUGAUGGUGAUGAUGAUGAUGAUGGUGGUGAAAGUAGUUGGAAGGAAUGAAGAAGACCGGGAGACACGGGCGCGCCCUGAUAUGGAAAGUGAGUCAAUUUCGAUUGUGUCCUUGAUAGAAAGAAGCGGCAUCCUUAGAACUGAUCCCCAUCCCCCUAUCCUAUUAAAGGUACAUGGCGAAGAUCUUAUACGCUGUUAUGACGGAAUUUCUAUACCAAGUCGCCUACCCUUUGUCGCGUGUACGUAGCGGUAGCGCUGACAACUCGAACAGCAACCAGGAUGAUUGCAGUUAUUGCAUGUGCCUCCAGAAAUUUGGGCAGGUCUUGAUAACGCGACUUAAUCCGAACCGCGCCACCAGACUGGACCCUGAUGGUAUUGUGCCCUACAUUUGGUCGACGACGCUGCAGGAGGGGAGCGCCAAAGAAUCGCUGUACACCUUUGUGCGAAGCGCCGCCUAUUCGAAGACAAGUCCGAUCCUCUACUACGCAGAUAAUUAUGGCUCCUGAUGACUUCCAACUAACUAAAAUUUCUAAUAGCUGAAGACUGGAAAUAAGCGAGUUACUGACUGAAAGAGGGACGUAGCUUGUAAAGGCUAUUCUCUCACUUCAGUAUGUUCUUCUGUGUUAUUCUAGUCAUUUGCUUGCUCCUUCAGUUUCAGCUUUUCGAAUAGGUGCUAGCCAUAGUCUCCAAACCUUCUCGAUAUUUUUGAUUCCGAUUCCGAUGUGUUUUUUUACCACGACACUCAUCCUGCUUUUUGUCCUUUAAAUAUCUGGCGCAUUUUUUUCUAAAAAAGCUACGCUUUUUACGUACUCGCACUUAAUUGACAACAAAACUUGACUUAUUGUUUCUGUUUGGUUUAUUAUUUUUUCUUUGAUCUUGUUAGACCAGUGGCCCACCUAGUGCGAAGGCGAACACUGAUUAGAUGCAACGCCAAAGCGCGCGAGGGGUUUGCUGAUUAUGAACCCCAUCGGGGUCAGCUCAGCACUUUGAAUAAGCUGCAUGCAGAUAGGGUCUGUUGUGGUUGUUGUCGUUGCUUGCUCUGCUGCUUCCUUACUGGAGAGUACCUAGCGACUUCCUGAGCAGCCUUCUCACUCUUGACUUUUAACCUGGGCCCUGCUAUUCGGUUGACCUUCCUCGCCCGCGAUGUGAUUCCGAUCGUGUUGACCUUUUUCAGCCUGGUCACCUUAGUGGCGGCCCUCCUGCUCUUCUUGAUCUUAUUGGUGGUUCUGAUCUUGACCCUAAGAGGCAGAACGUGGGGGGAUCUCGAUCACGUUGGUACCCAGUGAGUCACAAGACCCAUGACCCCUACAGGCCCAUCCACUAUCGUCUGGAAGUGCUGCGCUAUGAUUUCUUUUUGAUUUUGCGUGGACUGGAGCUACUCCGUGUUCACCGCCAGCGAUCUAGGCCCUUGCAUGGUCACUAGAGCGUCUCAUCUUCUCUAAGCUUACCCGGAGGUUGGACACAGGCUGCUCCCAACGUUAUGGGAAGAAAGAAAUAGAAAGUAAUCCAAUGCUCACUUCUCAGUCUCACACUGUGCUGCUAAUCUACUCCGUCUAAAUCUAGAAGUUGUUCAGGAUCAUAAUUUGGAGUUGGACCAGCACAUGUGAACAGUCACUAUAAUCAUCGACGUUUUCCACCCAACCCUUCUGACUCCUCUUGUUCUGAUUGCGUACAACAUCUGACGAUCAUCAAUGGCCGUUGUGGUUUUUAAGUACAACUUUUACUAUGAUAGAUUGAUGGUACUAAUAGUACUAGCCCCCACGAGCUUCGCCUGGCUUCAAGCGUAGCACUUCGCCGCCCACGGGCUACAGCUAGAGACAGCCCGCGGGCUAAUUAGUGCACUUCGAUAAGCGGACUUUGACGAGACAAGACCGCCGACGCCAGCAGGCUUAGAUACUUAGAUGCGCCGACAUAUGGGUGGGCUGAUAGGUCGGCUGCUUUCGGUUUUUUAUUGGACUGCGGGGGGAUCACGCAAAUCCUUGAGAAUUUGCAAGACCCCCACGGCAGUCCAACAAAAAACGCCGGAAGACUAUCACCAGGCACGCACAGGCACCCGCAGGCCCAACCGCUUACAAGGCGCCCUCGACGGGCCAAGAAACAGCAGCGCACGGAUGGCCGCGGUGGCUGCGUCUCGUAUCUCAAUGCGCAGCCGGUGGGGCUUCUCUUUUCGCCGGGUGGUGUUGUGCCUGGAAGGGCGUCUCUCCUUUCUUCGGGCCGAGGUCUUUCGUCACGCCGACGUCCUUCGCCGGCUGGGCUGACCUCUUUCGUCAGGCUGACUCCUUUCGUCGGGCCGAUGCCUUUCGUCAGGCUGACGUCUUUGCCCCGUCAGAAUGAUGCCUAUCGUUAAACCAAAGGCGCGGCGCUUCCCUCCGUCAGACUGGCGGCGGGUGUCAGAGGGGCUGGCGCUUUUCACCAAACGUCUGCCGCCUCACCGUCUGAGGCUUUUCGUCAGGCUGGCGCACGACUGGCUCUUUGCUUCGUCUGUCAGGUCGAUUUCUGUCGUCGGCCAGGCUGAGGCUUUUCGCUGGGCGCAUGUCUUAGUCUUUCGUCGGAUUUAUUAACGCCUUUCGGCCUCGUCUGGCCGACGCCUUUGCUUCGUCAAAACAGCGAAUGCCGUCAGACGUCUUCCUUGUGUUCGGCGCCGCCUUGUCGUCCGAUGACGUCUUGUCUGUCGCCCGUCGUCUUUCGUCUGGCUGGAGUCGUUUGUCUGUCGGACGUUUUUCGUCGGAUGUCUGUCGCCUGCAGUCGAUCUGCCGGCGGGCGUCUCCUUUCUGACGUCAGUCUUUCGUUAGAAAGAUGUCUUUCCUGAAGCGUCAAACGUCUGUCACCCGCUUGGUGCCGUCAGACGUCAUUCGCCUGGGGUCUUAACUUAAGUAGUCGGAUGUCUUUCUUCGGACGUCUCUCGCCAGACAUCUCCUUGGUGACAUCUUACUUUCGUCAGCCGCUUUACGUCGGAGCUCUUCUGAAAACUUGCGCCACUACCCCCGUCGGGCAUUUUUCUGGCUUCUUUUCUGGUAGUCUGCCCCGGGGCCGCGGAGUGAUUUCCAACAUGAAAACGGUCGGAGACUAUCGGGAUGCGAGACCGAGGGGAAGGGGCUGGAGGCGAUAGGCGAUGGCCUCGCGGGGGAGCUGAGUGGUAUCCUGGGGGGGUAGGGGGGAUCAUUGUGGCGGUGAUCCAUAUAGAUUGAUAAUGGGGACUUAGAAUAGAUUUUUUGCCGUGUUAGUUUGAGCACUAUCAACCGAAACUUGAUACAGAUACAGUAAUUGCAAGUGCAGCUUUUAUAUGUUCUUCUAAAAAUGGAUAAGUCGACGAAACCUCCCACGUGCGCAGGGUUUGGCUUAGAACUUCAAAAUUUCUUGACGCAAUUCCGCGAGAUAGUUUUUUGGCCUGCUAGGCGACGCCUGAACGCACUUUGCUUAUGAAUUUUGAGCCAUGCUGCGUCGUAUAUCAGAGCAUGCUUUUUAUAAGACGCACGGUGCAUGGAGAUGGAGUACUAUCUAUAGUUUCUAGUAGUCCUACUAGUCCGUCCGUCGUUGAAGUGAUUUACAUCUUCUAGAAGAUAGUGCUCCGUCUGCUCUAUCUUUUAGACACACAGAUUAUUAGACAUCUAAUAGCACAACAACAAAUACAAACAGCACUCUAAUUCUAAAGAUUUUUAGGCUACUAGUACUAAAAGGGGCACCAGCAUGAUGAUGAUGAUGAUGACGAUGAUGAUGAUGACAGCUACUACUUGUACUCACAAAUAGUUUUAUAGCAACAAUACACUUCUCCUUUUGCUUAACAGCAGACAUCAAUUCCAGUGUCCCCUUGAAAUAAAUGAUUCAGAUCAUUUCUUUUACUUAAGGCUGAGUGCUCAACUGCACUUUUUAGUAGAGAUCCUAUUGAAACAUGUAGAAGGUGGUCCUUUCUGUAUCCCCCCUUCAGUACUUCCCCUUUCUUGAGAGUAGCGCUUAAACCUUCGAUUCUCCGAGACUUGAAGAAAGAGUAGUUGGAUAGAAAAACGAUCGCGAUCCAUCGAGGUGGACGACCCCCUCCGCGCAUUGAUCCCCGCCUUCCCUCCGCGACUUGAUCCUUCUAGAACGACCCGACCCCAGUCCUUUCUUCAUACAACGCGGAAGUGGCUAAUAAUGCGGAUGUGGUUAAGAUUCCACUAGGUCUGAAUCACGAUGGAAUAAGAGAUGGGUUUUGCAAAGCGUGGGAAGAGGAAAAGAUAAGGCUUACUUUGCUCAUGAAGAUCAUGAUCAUCAUGAUCCAUCUACUAGGUUGGCAGCGACGAUCGUUCCAUGCAGUCCAUACUACUCCAUGCGUCUGGUUAAAUCUUUUAUAAAGAAUGUGAACUACAACUACUAGUACCCACGUUGUACUACCAUUAGAAGAACCACCUUACAAAAACAUUGUGAUGUUGAUUGAUAGAAGCAUGAGGAUAAGAUCAACAUCAAUGAAUCUGUAGCUUGUUCAUAGCAUUGCAUUCGAAUUCGAUGAAAAAUAGAAUGCCAAUAGAUCAUACUGCUGCUUUCAACAUAUCUCAUGUUUACUUCUACAUGAAGUAAUAAAUCUUUGAUGACAAUUAUGGAAUGUUGGUAGUACUACUAGUACUAGUUGUGCCUCGUCCUCCAGCAGAACAGGUGUAGGAAAUUCUUGACUCUUCCUGCAAGAAAGAGAAGUCUUUUCUUUCUGGAUCCGCUAAUGACCCAGAACGAAGAAGAGCUGGUCAAGGAAAGGAAGCUAGUGUUAAGGAAAGAGUGUUCAAGUUUAUUUUGCUUCUACUAUACAGGAAUAGUACACCAUCAUGUCCAGAUGCCGAUCAUGAUACUCUUCGGCGGAGGACAUUAAGCAGGCUGUGGAAUGUUGCUGUGACAUUAGUAUCAGCCUCUUUAUUCUUGAAGACAGUGCCUUCUAACUCAGCUCGAUCUCUCACAGGAGGAUCAGUAGUGCUGCAGCGUCAGCGGUGGACCUAGGAGGACUGGAGGAGCAACAAAGGGACACCGUAGU